AUGGAAUUUGGGCCAUUCCCGAUCGGGGCCCUUCCCAUUGCCACCAUCGAUCUGCAUCGUAACAGAGAUGAUGACUAUGAAGACGACGAUGACGGAGACGGAGAUGAAGACGAUGACGAUGAUGACGACGACGAAGCUAAUAAAUCUCGAAGCAUCAAUCACACACUUCGCCAACCACCAAUGGCCUCACCGUAUCCUCAGCAGUGGAAUGAUGGUGGUCGUGGCGGUGGAGUAGCAGGGCCUCCUGGGGCUUCUAGGUUUUUAAGGAAUUCGAUGUUUCGCAAGAGAAAAUCUUUCGGGAUGGAUGAGGAGGAGGGGGAGGAGGAAGAGGGAGUUGACCCGAUUUCGGAAUUGGCUUCGGUGGUUAGAGCAUUUGGGGAAGGGUUUGUUCGGAUAGAGAAUAUGAAGAUGGAGAUGAUGAAGGAGACAGAAAAGUAUAGAGUGGAGAUGGAGAGCAAGAGGACGGAGAUGAUUAUCAAAUCCCAGCGACAAUUUGAAGUUGUAGAACUUGAUUCGUUGGAGAAACACCAGAGAAUAGUUGAUUUGGAAUUGAAGAAGAGGGUACUGAAGUUGGAGUUCUGUCUUCAGGAAGCCCACUCUUAG